AUGAAUCGCAAGUCUCUCCAUGGCGCCCCUCCACGAGGCCCGCCGCGCCCACCGUAUGGCUCUCAGGACGCACGAAGCGGUAGCAACUUCCCUACGCAAGCACCCGCACCUAUUGGAGGCAUUAGCCUGAAGAAAGCCGCGGUCAGAGUUGCGCGCCCUGCUGGACCUGUGCCUGGGACUCCCAGCAGCGCCGGCGGUCCUGCGCCUCCGGUCGUAGCGUCGCCGAAGGUUGAAGACGGACAUGCAAUGGCGGCAUCGACCGCCAACGCGCCAUCCGCACCCAGCCUGGCUGAGUCCAUCUCGUCCAUCUCGAAAGAGGAGGCAGCACUCGAGGAACUGUGGGCACGACUGAAUUCUCCAUCUAUGCUUUCGACCCCCACCCUGGCCAAAGAGAACGAGGAGUCUGCUUCUAUAGCCAACUACAAAGCUGAUAGCACGAAUGCCAGCAAAUCCUUUCCACCUGGCGUUCAGGUGCAACAGCCUGCCGCGCCUUCAGCAGCGAGUACGGCCAACACAGAGACCGACAGCACGAACGCUAGCAUGUCCUUUCCACCGGGCGUUCAGGUGGAGAUGCCUCUGCCGAAGGGAGGGCUGGUAGCUAUCAAAGAAGAGCCGGUCGAAGACGAGAUGUCACCCGCUCCCGCUGAGUCCAACCCUGACGAGAGCACUCCUGAGAUGAAGUCUGAAGAGCGCACGGUUAAGAAAGCAAUAGGUACCGAUCUUGAGCAAUUGUCUCUUCAGGACAUCGAGCGCGAGUACCUGCUAAAAGCCGCGGAAUAUCUCACUUCGCUUCCAUCGGAUGUAGGCCCAACUGCUGAAACGGUCAAGAAUGCGACCACCAAGCUCGGUCGCCCUUAUGCCCCUUCUGCAAUCUUGGAGCCGGAUGUUGUAGAGGUGCUCAAGGGAAGAUACGUGGAUGCCAUCUUUACAUUUCUCGACGGGAUCAACAAGAGUCAUAAGUCUGUUACCAAAGACCAGAUCGCAGACAUCUUAGUCAAGGGCGACGGGAACUUCCUUCACCUAUGUACUAUGUUGGCAGAGCAAGGCUUCAUCUCAAUCGAGAACCUAGAUCACGUCGUUGGUUUGAGCAAGGCAGUCGAGAGUGUCCUUCCCGAAGAUGAAGAUAGCGAAUCUUCCACACUAGCUCCAGCUGCCACAUCGAAGGACCCUCUGGAGGGUAUGACCUCAUGGCCGGCUCGCGAGAAGCGGGAGAAUGCACCAAAGUGCCGCACUUGCCUACUCACAGGCUUGCCUGAGAACAUCAGCUUCAACAGACUACAAGCAUUGGUCUGGGGUGGUAGGAUUGAGUCACUUCAACUUCCCAAAUCCGGCUCCGGUAAAGCUAUCGUCAAGUUCUUCACCGCCGAAGCGUGCCAGAAGUACUUCGACGUUACUGAGAAUGGCAUCACUAUUCCCGGCACAAAGACUGUCGUCUUCGUGGAGAAAGCGGAAGGCCCUAACUCCGUCAACGAUGUGCUCGCUGCCUGCACCGAGGGGGACGCCACACGCUGCGUUCGAGCCUAUGAUGCGGAUGAGGAUUGGGGCGAUGUGAUGCUCAUGAAGCUUGCCACUCGCGCCAAAGGCGGCCAACCCAAGCGCGAGGUCGACACCAUCAAGCGCGGAAAGACUGCUAGAGGCCGAUCCUACAUCGAAUUCCGCUUCGCGAAGUUCUACGCGGCCCUCCAGUUCAAGCGCGAGCUUAUGGAGGACCAAGAAUGGGAGCAUUGCACCAUCAUCUACGCUCCUGAUCCGUGCGAGAUUGCUCAGGGUAUCCACAUCAAGGACGAGGUCGAGAAGGUGAAGCCUAGCGGGUCCUCCUAG